AUGGCAGCUUCAAACUGCUAUGGUGGUUUCAACAUAACUCAACCUAAUUUUUUGUGCCAGAUGCCUUCAUCAUCACAUAAUUUUUCUGACUUGAACAGUAUCAUCCCACCUGGGCAACCUCAGUUGUCCCUGCUGAGACAUGAAGCAGAAGGAAUGCAAGUGGGCAAUGACAGUCUAAAGCACAGUUUACCAUCUGAUUUAAUGUCAGUGGAAAGUGCUGAUCUUUGCUCAAUGAAUCUGCCACCUACCAGCUACUAUUUCUCAGAAUCCCACUGUAAUGCAGCUGAGAGGAGUGUCAUGCAUAUUACCGUGAAAUAUGGCUUUCCUCAUUGUAAUGUUCUUCUGAGCCAGGUUGCUGCUAAUGGCUGUAGGCUAUACUUUGGUGCUCCGAAGUUGGAGUACACAGUAAUGGAGGAAGAAUUAUUUGGUCCAAAGACUGUUUCUCAGAUAGAAAUGCCGCACGUGAAGAACAACACAGAAAUCUGUGAUGAACAGAAAAGAUUCAUUAGUGAACUUCUGGAUGGCAUGGAGAGAGGGGUGGUUCUAACUUACAAAGAUGGUGACAUUUUUGCACAGCGUCUGUGCAGAACCAGAGUAUUUGUUUCUGAUGGAGCUGCCGAGAGUAAGUUGCUAGACCGCAAAGAUACAACUCCAAAAAAAGUUUUCGACUUUGCUGCUUUCAAAACCGAGCUUGAUCAUUUUAACGUCACUAAAAUCUCUCCCAUGCCGAAGCAUUUUUUCUAUCUAACUUUUGGGCAAGAGAUAAAGCAUGGCCGUUCUGAACCAUUAGGUUGCAUUGUCAUCCAUGUCCAGGUGGUGCAUGCAGGAGCAGCAGAGUACGCCAGCAAGGUUUCAUUGUCGGAUGCCAGCCAAAGCUUUUCCAAGUUUGUCUCUUCUUUGGAUACAAAUGAUCAACUGCUGCUACAGUUUAAAAAUAUGAAUGUUAAAUAG